AUGAAGUCUGGUCGUCCCAUACUGCCAGAUGACCCCUGUCAACAGUAUCUUCAGCCUCCGGAGCAGCAUGAUGUUAUGAACCCGCAUAUUACUAUGGACCCGGCAAUUUCGCCGCUCGCUUCUAUUGAUACACCUCUUGAGAUAGCGACACAUGAGGCGGGUUCGGCUGUGCCGCGCCUCAUCUCCCUGGCCACACUUGAUGAUUUUAACGAUAUUUGGUCUCGUGGCUUCGACCAGAACCCGGAAAUGGCCAAUAUGGAUGCUCUCAUGCAAUAUUAUUCACCCUUAAAACAACAAAAUGACGGCUUGGGUACACUGGCUGACCUGCAGACAAAUAUCCUGACCGAUCUGGAACUAGUAAAGUCCUGUCGGACGGCUGAUAAAUGCCCUCAGGCUCAUAAUCCUGAAAGCUCAAUUACAGGGCAAAACAUUCUGAUAGGCCGCGUUUUGGAUCACUCCACGAAUCUCAUUGGUGUCUUGAAUUGUUUUCGCUCGGUCGGUGCAGACCCGGCCUCACCAGAGCUAUCUUGUGAUACUCCUACUAUGUUCACAAUUCUAUCCUGCUAUGUCUGCCUCGUCCGCAUAUACCGAACCAUUUUCUCCUGUAUUCUUGACUCUAUGCCUUUCCUACUGGGGAUCCAGGAACCCGUACCGCAGUUGUUCCCAGGAAUGCACCUGGGAGGAUGGAAACUCGAGGCCCGGCUGGACCUUCAAGUUCAGAUUCUGGUUCAAAUUAGUGAAGACAUGCUGGGAAGAAUUGAGUCGGCAUUUGGUCUCUCUGAAGACUCCUCUGCGCCGGCCAAGGAUAGCAAGACAGCCAGAAUCUUACGCAUGAUGCUUGAAGAAGAGGCCAGUGAGCAACCUCCGCUCUAUGAACGCCGAGGCGAAUGCGGCACGCUAAGGGAUAUCAUGGCCAGCGUCAAGCAUGCGGGCCGUGGGAGCUAA